AAACCUUGAUGUUAUCCACUCACAAAUUGCUGCCUUGUUAUAAGCGCUCAUACAUAUCUCAAAAUUAUACAACGUGUCCCCAAUAACGACAGGCUGAGUGAGGUGUUUUGAUUGGAUGGGCAAUACGCACGGAGCUAUACUGUGCACAUAUCACUCAUUCUCAACGGCGCAUUUGGACAGAGAGGUUGUUUCACUUUUCAUAUUACCCGGAACUCAACAUGAACGCAACCGAAUCCUGUGACAAGAUGGGAGUGAACUGCAAGAUUAAAGACGUAUGUACCCCUGGACGGACCAAGGAAGAGGUCAUAGACAGCUACAACAAUUGGGCGGAUACAUACGAACAUGAUCUCAAUCCAGACAGAUUUAAAGGUCAUGUAUUGGCGGCCAACGAAUGCUGUGACGUUAUACCAGAAAAGAACAGACCGAGUGCCUUGGUACUGGAUGUGGCUGCUGGAACAGGAUUCCUUGGCAAAGAGCUGCACCAAAAGGGCUUCAAAAAUCUUCAUGCAUUGGAUCCAUCGACAGAAAUGUUAGAGAAGGCCAGGGCUAAGAACGUCUAUCAGAAGUUCAUCAUCAAGUUUAUAUCUGAGGAAGAGGAACUCCCAGUAAACGCUGAUACCUAUGACAUUGUUGUAUCAUCUGGAGGAAUGGGUCAAGGUCACAUUCCGGCAGGAGCAUUAUUGGAAAUGUUAAGAAUCACCCGAAAAGGUGGGUACAUUAUCUGGUCGAUGCGGGAGGAAUAUCUGAGAGAUCCGGAAUACGACGGGAUACUAGAGGUCUUGAUUAAUAACAUGGAGGAAUCAGGGAAAUGGAGUAAAAUAAAGAAAAGUGUGAUCCCUAAUUAUUAUGAAGAAAAAGAAGGUGCAGUGUUUGUGUUUAAGAACAUAUAAAUGUACAUGACCUCCAAGUCAUAUUGGAUAUAUGUUAAAAAGGUCAAUUUUACUCGAUUCUGACAAUAUUAAGCAUUUAAAUAUGAUGGAGAAGAAAACCUAUUGCGGAGAAUGCAUAAUACAAAUGUAUUGUUUAUUAAAUGUGCAAUUGGUGUACUUUUUGGCUCGCCAAGUCGGAGAGAAGUAUAGUCACCCCGGCUUCGCGUCCCACUUCACUGAGGUUAA